AUGAUUCUCGACAAACCGCUCUUCUCCAAGUCGGGCAAACUCGUGCUCAUGCCCCGGACUUCGGCAGACGACGAGGCCGUUGCACGGCUGCGAAUGACCCCUUCGACGAGGAAGUUCAUGGUCGGACUCCCAAAAAAGAUCACAGCAGAGACCGUCCGACGAGCCCGAGAAGCUGGAGUGAACGAUCCCACACGACUGCAGUUCGCGAUCUAUACGACCGGCACCAACGGCGCGCCAGUGAACUUCGUGGGCGAGACAUCCCUAUAUAUGAUCGACCACGAGCGCAGCUGUUCAUGCGAGGCGGGGAUCGUCGUGCGCCCAGAAUACUUCGGGAAAGCAUUCGCGACCGAUGCGAUGUACACUCUGCUGGGAUACGUGUACGACGUGAUGAAGAUCCACCGGGUCUAUCUAUACACCGACACCCGGAACAAGGCGACGCAGGCCUGGGCCGAGCGCGGCGGAUGGAAGCUCGAGGGCAUCGCGCGCGAUGUGACGCCUUUGGAGAACGGGCGCUAUCAGGAUGAGUGUCAGUACAGCCUGCUGGAAACGGACUGGAGGAGUCACACGAAGGCCUGGAUGGAGAGAAACGGUGAAGUGGGAUCGGUGGCCCGUCUGUGA